UUCGGAAUCAGACGUAAAUUCAGUUUCUUUUGUUUUAAUUGGAAUUAGUUAAAAGUUUUGUGAUUUGUGACUUUGUGAUAUACAUUGUAUAUGUCAACAACAUUUAUGUCUUUUAUGACAUUAUAUAGCGUAUAGACGCUGAUUUUGCGUAUAGACGCAUUUUAGAAAAACUGUAUAUACAGUAAAAAUGAGUGUAAACUCGGAGUGUCAGCCUGUUGAAAAGUCCCUCAGUGAACAAAAAGAUGAGGGAGGGAAAGAGAAUGCAUCGAUCAUCAAUAUGAUGAAAGAAAUGCAAAAGAACAUUUUGUCACUUACAACUACUGUGAGCGAAUUACAAGAGAACAAGGGAACGAAGCGCAAGAUCCAGGAAUCGGAUGAAAAACCUUGUACAUCUAAGUCGCGCGUAGAAUUAAGUGACGUUUCUGAUGAAGAGAGAGACGAGUUUGAUGACAUUUUAAACGAGACAAAUGAAGACAUGGACACUGAUUGUGACCAUUUGCUUGAUGAGCUGGCCGAAUGUUUUGGCUCAGAGGAUAAGUGUGGCGAAGCAAUACACGAAAAACUCGCCAAAGUAACAAAAGAUGGCGUUCGAACGGUAGUAGACUCUGACAAAAUAAAGGAAGUGAGCGACAAAUAUAACCGACCUAAAAAUGUGCAGAAUCUUGUCACUCCAAAAUUAAAUGAGGAAAUCCGAGCUCAUUUGAGCCGCAAAGUCCGAGGCCAAGACAUUCGGAUACAAAGAACCCAGACACUUGUCGGAAAAGCCAUUGUCCCGCAAUUACAACAAAUUAAUUUGCUGCUAAAUGCAAAACAAAAAGGAGAGACACCCUCCAUGAAAGAGCUCACUACCUUAGCAAUGGACAGUCUGAAACUUAUGACUUAUGUCUAUUGUGACCUGUCAAACAGGAGAAGAGAACUAAUCAUUCAACCCGAGAAGAACGAAGAGUUCCGGGCAUUGUGUUCUAACGAAUAUCCGGUCACCGACAAGUUAUUUGGUGACGACCUUGGUAAAAAAGUUGAGGACAUUUUAAAGGCCAACAAAGUGGGAUCCAAAAUAUCGGGAUUUAACAAGUUUGACAAGCGCGGAAAUCAUAACCGCAAACAGCAUGGACACAUGCAGAAAUCAUCCAAUUAUGGAAACUACAAGGCCAAUAAUUUUUUAGGCCAACGCUGGGGAUCAAACUACAAAAAGAGAACGGCUCCAGCCAACAAACAGAGGAAGCAAUAGCUCCUACAGAACAUGCAGAUAGAAAUUUUGAUAGGGACUGUUCUUCAAAACAUAAUGACCGACAGAGCGGAGGCGAUAUUAAUUGCGCCAAUAUGGCCGACCCAGCAUUGGUUCCCGCGCCUACUGCAAUUAAUAUGCAUGGACAGCUACCUGCUACCUCACAAUCACAAUCUUCUGUUAAUGCCGGGAAAGCCCCAAAAGCGCCACCCGCUGCGGAAAAUGAGACUUGGCGUCUUCCGUGUGUCAGGGAAUCUUUCCAAAGUAGAGGAUUAUCAAAUGAAACUCAAGCCAUUUUGCUAUCUUCCUGGCGAGAAUCAACUCAAAAACAGUAUAGGACGUAUAUCAAAAAAUGGGUGUCAUUUUGUAAUCAAAGAGAAAUUAAUAUUUUUGAAACAACUGUAAAUAAUGUUUUAUCCUUUUUAACAGAUUUGUUUAAUUCAGGAAUUGGUUAUAGUUGUUUAAAUAG